CAUUUGUAGGCGAUUACAUGAACAUGUUUCUCUUGAACCUGAGCAACAACAAGUUUGGCCAGAAAAUUCCAAAGGAGAUAGGGAGGAUAAAUCAUCUUAGUGUACUUGAUUUGAGCCAUAAUCUUCUUGAUGGAGAAAUACCCGUUCAGCUAGCCAGUUUGCUGGACUUGUCAAACUUGAAUCUUUCCCACAACAGCCUUUCUGGCCACAUUCCUGAAGAAUUUGAAAGUUUGACUGGUUUGCAGGAUGUUGUCUCGUCAUACAAUGAGUUGGAAGGCCCAAUACCAAUCAAUAAAGCUUUUAUGUAUGCCUCGUUAGAAGGUAAUAAAGGUCUUUGUGGAAAUGUAACAGGAUUUCAGCAUUGCAGAAGGCCAUCUUCUUCGGUGAAGAAGCACUCAAUGGCAAAAGGUCGUAAACUCAUCCUAAUCACUGUACUUCCCAUUAUGGGAGCACUAGUACUUCUCUGUGCUUUCGCUGGUGCUCUCCUUGUGUGUCAUAAAAGAAGAAGAGGUAGAGAUGUUAAAAUACAGGAUGAUGGUUGGCAUUCGAUAUCCAUGUUAGAUGGGAAGGCAUUGUACAAGGAUAUCUUAAAUGCCACACAAAAGUUUGAUGCAACAUUUUGCAUUGGGCAAGGAGGGCAAGGAAGCGUUUACAAGGUAAAACUUCCACCUUUGAGGAAUGUAGCUGUGAAGAGACUUCACUCUUCAUUUGAGAUUACGCAUCCCAAAAGCUUCAUGAAUGAGGUAAGGGCAUUGACAGGGAUUAAGCAUCGGAACAUAGUGAAACUGUAUGGCUUUUGUUCGAAUGCACAACACUCAUUCUUGGUAUACGAGUACGUUGAGAGAGGGAGUUUGUCAAGUAUUUUGAGCAAUGAAGUUGAGUCCAAGAAAUUGGAUUGGCUUAAAAGGAUGAAUAUCAUCAAGGGUGUUGCUUUUGCUUUAUCUUACAUGCACCAAGACUGUUCACCACCGAUUGUUCAUCGAGACAUAUCAAGCAGUUAUGUGUUGCUUGAUUCUGAGUAUGAAGCUCGUGUUGCAGACUUUGGAAUAGCAAAGAUUCUCAAGCCAGACAAUAAGUCUAACAAAUUCAUUUAA